CGACCACCAUUUUGAGCUCUGCCUACUACUGUUGAGGGAGUCGACCGUCUUCGACCAGAAUGUCUGACCAGCUCUGCAAGCUUUUUGUCGGGGGACUGAACGUCGACACCGAUGACGAUGGCCUCCGCAAGCACUUCGAGCAGUACGGAACGCUCACCGACUGCGUGGUGGUGGUGAACAAGCAGUUGCAGCGGUCCCGCUGCUUCGGCUUUGUCACCUACUCCACCAUGGAGGAGGCCGACUACGCCAUGUCCUCUAGGCCGCACAACGUCGACGGCCACACGGUGGAGGUGAAGCGCGCUGUGGCUCGGGAGGACGCCAACAAACCCGAGGCCCUCGCUAAAGUCAAGAAGGUGUUCGUCGGCGGGCUGAAAGACGACAUCGAGGAGGAGCACCUGAUCAGCCAUUUCUCCCAGUACGGCGAGAUCGAGAAGGCCGAAGUCAUCACCGAGAAGGACAGCGGCAAGAAGCGCGGCUUCGGCUUCGUCUACUUCACCGACCACGACGCCGCCGACAAGGCCGUCGUGGUGAAGUUCCACACCAUAAACGGCCAUAAGGUGGAAGUGAAGAAAGCCCUGACCAGGCAGGAGAUGCAGGCGUCCGGCAGAGGCGGCGGCAUGAUGCCGAGAGGACGGGGACGAGGCAUGCGGGGAAACCAAAAUGGCUACGGUGGCCGAGACGGCUAUGGCUACGGAAAUGGCGGCGGCUACGGAGGUGGCUACGGGGGUGGAUACGGCAACCAGUUCUGCGGCGGAUAUGAGCAGGGAGGCGGCUACAAUGGCGGCAACGGCUACAACGAUUUCGGCAGCGGCUACGGCCAGCAUUCCUCCGGCUACGGGCCCAUGAAGGGGCCCUUCGGGGGCCAGAGGAGCGCCGCUCCCUACGCCAGAGGGGGAGGUGGCGGCGGCUACCCCAGGGGGGGCUACGGUGGGGGUUACUAGACGAGACUGCAGAGUGGAACACGACCCCCCCUUACUUCCUCCCCGCCCCAUCCAGGAUCUGGACGUCAAAAUUCUCUAAUGCCGUGAAUCCCACCCAUGGCUAAGAUGCGGACACAGAACCCCCCACCACAAAAAGCAAACAGGUAGGAAGGUCACUUCCCAGAAACCUGACUAGGACACACUUUUGAUACAGAGAUGUCGCUUAGAGGAAUUUUAUUUUUAUUUACGUUGCUUUAUUGUCUGACUCCCCCUUUUAAGUCGUUAGAAGUUUUGUUAUUUGUGAAUCUUUAUGUAUGAAGAAUUAGACUGUUGUUACAGGUGGACAUCUAUUUUGUACAACCCUACAGGAUCCAGUUUCUUUGUCCCCCCCUCACCCCCUUCAUGCAGUCUUAGUUUCCAUUAUUGUAGCGAUAUAUUAUGUAUAUUGUGUAAUUCAAUGUCUGCAGAUCAAAUUUACUGUCUAAAACGCUCUGGUAUGCACAUGUAUGUUCAUUUUUAAAUAAAAUCUUAUAAAAAAUUA